AAAUAAUCUUUAUCACGAUUGUUUACCCCAUUGUUACCUAGAAAAGUACUUAUACUUUACUCUUCUUUUAAGCAUAGUUAAUUUCAAUUGCGCCAGCAAAAUGAAAACGUUCCUGUUUGGUCUCCUCUUUGUGACCGCCGUUUUGGCUCGUAAGGGUUUCGGUCCGACGGAGCAGGAAUGGGGCUUCGUCCAGGUCCGAGCUGGGGCUAAAAUCUUCUGGUGGUUGCACCAAACCAGCGCCAACGUAACGAACUACACCGAGCGUCCUCUCGUUAUCUGGCUACAAGGAGGUCCAGGAGCUUCAUCGACCGGAUACGGCAAUUUCGCCGAACUUGGACCUCUAGACGCUGAUUUAAAUCCGAGAAACACGACCUGGAUUAACGAAUAUAACGUCCUUUUUGUCGAUAAUCCCGUCGGUUGUGGUUUCAGCAAAGUCGACGAUCCUAAAUAUUUUGUGACCACGAAUGUGCAAAUAGCUGCCGAUUUUGUUGUUUUUCUGAAAGGGUUUUUCGAGGCCGUGCCUGACUUGAAGAAAACGCCGUUUUAUAUUUUUUCAGAGUCGUACGGUGGCAAAAUGACCACGGACAUUGCCCUCGAAAUUGAUGCGGCGAUUAAAAGUGGUGAGUUGGAUGCUAACUUGGUUGGGAUUGGACUUGGCGAUUCGUGGAUUUCUCCGAUUGAUUCAGUCCCAAGCUGGGGCCCUUAUUUACUAAGUGUGGGAGCAAUUGAUCAAAACCAAUACGAACAACUACAGGAAGCAGCCGAAAAAGCCACUAAAGCCAUGGAAGAGGGCAGGUAUUCAGAUGCUACAAACCUUGUCAAUCAAGUCGAAAUGCUAAUUCAAGUGGUGACCGCAAAUAUUGACGUUUAUAACAUUUUAACCAAAAUUCCGUCCAGUUGGAGUUUCAAAAAAAAUUUAAUAAUGCCUGUUAAUGACGAUGUGGACGACAAAAUCUCGAUUAUAAUGAAUAAUCAAGUGAAAGAAGCCCUAGGUCUUAACGUUACUUGGGGAGACCAAUCAGAAGGCGUUUCUGAUGCGUUGCAUGACGAUAUCAUGAAGCCGGUUGUUGAAGCCGUUGAAACAAUAUUGAACACUACCAACAUUCAAAUAGCCGUUUACAAUGGGCAAUUAGACAUGAUUGUGGACACUCCAGGAACAAUGAAGUGGUUGAAUAAUUUGCAGUUCAGUGGCUCCAAAGACUGGAAAACCGCUGAACGAAAAACUAUUGCUGUAAAUGACAUUGUUGAAGGUUACUACAAAAAAGUGGGAAAUCUUGCAAUGUACUGGGUUGACAGAGCUGGUCAUAUGGUGCCAAGAGACAAUCCAGCUGGAAUGAGCUUCAUUUUGCAAGACAUGACCAGUGGACCUUGGACAAACAAUUAAUAAAGUCCAUUGUUGAAUAAAUAAAUUGUUUAAAGCAA